UCUCACUCAGUGUUCGAAUGUGUAUAAAUAGCAAGAGUUGCUCAACAAAUCUUCAUUCAGUACCUACAUCACAUUAAGGGGUUGCUUUGGAAGAAAAACCAACCUAUAAGGUUUUCUCUUCCCAAGUCCCAACCCCAAAGAAACCUUGUGCUAGCUAUUUUCUUCUGCUAGAUCAAAAUCUUGAGAAGAAAACGAAGAAGAAAAUCAUGGCUAUGAUUUCGAUGAACCACCAUUUUUUAGUCAUUGCUUUUGGCUUACUAGGUAACAUAAUUUCCUGCAUGGUGUACUUGGCUCCUCUGCCUACUUUUAUCCAAAUAUACAAAAAGAAAAGCACGGAAUGUUUCCAAUCACUACCAUACUUGGUAGCAUUAUUCAGUUCAAUGCUUUGGCUAUACUAUGGAAUUCAAACAAAUGCAAUUUUCAUUGUUUCGAUAAAUGCAUUUGGAUGUGUCAUAGAGAUUAUCUACUGUAUCAUGUACAUAGCUUAUGCAACCAAGGAUGCCAGGAAAUUAACCAUCAAACUUUGUGCUGCGUUAAAUGUGGUUUCAUUUGUCUUGAUCUUCUUGAUCAUACAAUUUUCUAUACCUGAAAACCACCGUGUUCAAGUCCUUGGAUGGAUUUGUACAUCCAUAUCAAUUAGUGUCUUUGCAGCACCAUUAAGCAUUGUGGUACGGGUCGUUAAAACAAAGAGUGUAGAAUUUAUGCCCUUCAAUUUGUCACUUUUUCUUACAUUAAGUGCCGUAGUAUGGUUUCUAUACGGUUUUGUUAAAAGGGAUAUUUGCAUUUAUCUCCCAAAUGUAGUUGGGUUCAUAUUGGGAAUAAUUCAGAUGGUGUUAUAUGGCUAUUACUCGAAAUAUAGUGUUGAGAAGGAGAAGGAGCAAGCAGUGAUAAACAUUGUUGUUGUGAACCCGUUAGGGUCUUCAGAAGUGUUUCCAAUUCCUUUGGAUGAAAAUAAAGAGAGUAUUGAAGACGUGAUUAACCAACAAUUUCAAGUAAAGAAAGUAGGUGAGGAAGAUGCAAAAGAGAAGCAUGACAACAACGUGGAAGCUAUAGAAUUUCAAUGCGUGGUGUAAAAGUGUGACCAUAUUAUAUACUCUCUCACUGUUUUGUGAAAGAAAGAAAAAAAAUGUAAUGUGGAUGAUCAUGGCUUCGAGAACAAUUCAUUAAUCAUGCAGCAUGUGUUCAAGCAUCAAAUUAGUUCAAUUAGUGAAUUAACUACUCAGUAAUUAUGUUAUUUUACUUCUUUUUGUGUUCGUAUAAGAAAAUGUUGGCCACAAAUUCGGACAAAAAU